AUGUUGUUAAGCGUUGCCGUAUGGGGAAUUUUACUGGUUUAUGUUGACGCACAGUCCUUCUGUCAAGAAGGUUGGGUUGGUAAUGCAGAGUCGUCAUGCUACCACAUCAGCAGAGACACAGAGGAAUGGGUGACAGCAGAGGAAAUGUGUAAACUAUAUGGUGCCACUUUGGUGAAUAUUGAAACCCUUGACGAGGACAGGUUUCUCUCCGAAUAUCUAAGAAAUUUCAGUAAAGUGUACCCUAGCCAUGAGUUUUGGAUAGGCUUGACGGACUGGGAGGUAGAGGGUCACUUUCUUUGGGUCCCCGAGCGUUUGACACCAUUGUAUUACAACUGGGGCCCUUCGGAACCAGACAAUGAUCACCUAGACCAACACUGUACCAUUAUAAACACACGAGAACAUUACCAGUGGUACGACCGCACGUGUAACCAACAGUACAACUACAUUUGUGAGAAGACAACCAACCCAGGGAUUGUCAUCGGAUGAUCACAGAGGAGGACAUGUUAAACGGACUUUAGGAG